AUGUCUCAAAUAAACCACUCUCCUCCAAAAACCCCGCGUCGUCCAAUUAUGGCUAUCGUAAAUGAAAAGCUCGCGGAGAAAUCAGCCGCCAGAGGUACUCCAAAUACACCAACUCUCACACCUUCUUCUUCUAAACUACCUCAAAAGAUUCGAGGUGUUAGUCCAAGUCUGCAAUUCACCCCCAGUAUUCAAGCUCCUACCACGCAAUCCCCAAUCUCUUCCCCCCUCAAGAGGUCACACGUGUUACAACAUCACAGCCACGCCGAUGAUAUUGGCGAAGAUGAUGUAGAUAUGGCACCGCAAGUAGAACCGGAAGCCGGGUCAGAUGAAACAAUGAUCAGUCUAGAUACAUCGAAUCACAAGAGAGACAUUCCCCCAAAGAGCUGGAGUGAAUUUGAAAACCGCUACGCGACGGCUAUCCAGGAAUUGAGCGACAACGAGGACCGCUUGAUUGAGGAGUUCCAGCAUCUUUCUGACGCUUUCGGUAUCUGGGCAGAAGCUGCAGCGGAACGAGACAAUGGGAGGGCAUGGAAACGGCAAUUUGAAGACAAGAGAAAGAUAUGUACAGAUACAGGAAAAGUCACUGGAAGACAAGAAGCUGCAUUAUAUAAAAGUUGUCGAGGCAUUCAAGCAGGCUCUUCAACUAUUUGGAGAGUGACCACUCAUUUUGCUUUUCGUUUUGACAUGUUAUAA